AUGGCGUUAUUCCCGAAGCACGCCGUGGAGCUGGAGGACCCCAACCUCCUGAUCCCAUUCCCAUUCCCAUUCCCAGUUCCCCCGGAGAUGGCGUUAUUCCCGAAGCACGCCGUGGAGCUGGAGGACCCCAACCUCCUCAUCUGCUACAUCACCAAGUUCUGGCCGCCCGUGGCCUCCAUCACCUGGUUCCGGAACGGGAACGUCGUCUCCGAGGGCGUCCUGGAGACCGUCUUCUAUCCCGGCCCCGACAACACCUUCCGGAAGUUUUCCUACCUCCCGUUCAUCCCGCGCCGGGGGGAUUACUACGACUGCAGGGUGGAGCACGAGGGGCUCCGGGAGCCCAGGAAGACCCACUGGGAGCCCAACGUGCCCCCCCCGGUGUCGGAGACCCUCGGCACCGUCGUCUGCGCCCUGGGAUUGGCCUCCGGGAUCGUCGGGAUCGCCUCCGGCACCGUCCUCUUCAUCAAGGCCCGGAAGAUGAAGCAGGGCCGGCUCGGAGGGGGGGGGAUGCUCUGAAGGAUCCCAAAAAUCCUCCCCCCUGGCCACGCCCCCUUUGGCCACGCCCCCUCCCCUCCCCAGCCACACCCCUUUUUUUCCCCCCCUUGGAUCCGAGGGAUCCAAGAGGGAUUUUCCCGCUCUGCCGCUGCUUCUUCCCCCUGAAAUGACCCCGAAUUGACCCCAAAAUGACCCCGAAUUGACCCCAAAAUGACCCCAAAGUGU